UUCACCAUCCUCUUCUCGAUCAAGCAUCAUAUACCAAUUGUCUUUGUAAUUGAACCUACUUCUGCCGGUAGAUAAGUUGACUCAAUAUAUUUCGCAAUUGCAAUUAAAAAUUGUUGAAGGAAAACAUCUAAACAUCUAAGAUGGAUCAUCCAAGUACGUUUGUGAUUCCCUACAUUCUUACCCCAGGUCACUUUCUGUCCUGCUGCAUUCGCAUCACAUCUCUCCUUCGUGUCAUUUCUACUCUAUAUCCCCACUUCCCUUUCCAUCCAUUUUCCUACAAAAAUCACAUCGCUAACGCAACCCAUCUAGAAUCACAAAUCGCUCCCAUAAUCCACACCCUCUGUUCCGGCAGUCCUUCCGCCCAGAAAGAGGCUCUCGAAACUUAUUUCACGAAUGAUGCAUCUUUUUCGCAUCCCUUAUGUUCUGUGCCUUCGUUUUCUUCCGUGAGGAUACCCGUUCUUGGGGAGGUUAAUAGUAGAUGGGUGCUUUGGUGUGUGUAUAGGUGGUAUAAGGUGCUGAGUCCGAGGAUUGUGGUGGAGAUUGAUGGGGUUGGUAUGUUUUUGUUCUUUUCUAAAAUUUUGAGUUUUAGUUUGGUCUGGUUUGAGCGGAGGAGAGGAAGAAAUGUUAGAGCAUACUAAUUCCAACCAACGAUAGAAUACAACCCCGAAACCCAAACCCUCUUCCUCCAAAUCCACCAAAUCUUCCACCUCUUCUUCGUCCCCUUCUUCACCCCCACCGUCUAUCUAACCACCAUCCUCCACCUUACUUCUUCUUCCGGCAGGUUACAAUCUCAUGACCACAGCUCAUCCGAAGGAUCAUCAACAGGCGCUUCAGAAACCAGGAGAAGAACAAAAUACUUGAUAAAACACCAAGAAGAUUUAUAUCAAAGCACGGAAGUGGUGAAGUUUUUCUGGCCCGGUGGAACGAAAAUUAUUGGUGCUUGGAGAUUGUUUGCUACGCUGCUUUGUAUUUUUGGGGCGAUAAUUUUCGCGCCUUUUACGUGGAUGCAGGAGUGGGGAUGGUUUGGGAAUGGGUGGGAUGUUAGGGAGAAGAAGAAUGAGGGUAGGGACGAGGUGAAUGGUGUCAAUGGUCGCAAUGGCGUUAAUGGUGGAAGAAGAGAAAACAGGAACACUAAUGGGGAGGUGAGGAAGAAUAGGUAGGGCUGGUUGGGAAUAUGAAUUCUCAUUUUCGGAAGGAGGGUAGUUUGGGACGCCUGAGUGAAUCCGGGGAGCAGUAACAAAGAAAUUUUUGAGCGGGAGUACGUCACCCAUAGGCCAUGGAUCGGUAAGGGGUUACUUCGACGUAUAACAAGGAGUCGAUUGCACAUAAAACGAAUACGAAGAAUGAAGAACUUAUCACGGAUAGUAUGUUUAUUGUAUAGAUUUUUUAAUUUAUUUAUUUUACAUGCUUAUAUUCUA